AUGCGUGCCCUCGAUGAGACCGAAACCCGCACAAUGUUCACGAAGCUUGCUUCCUACACCGGAGCAUCUUUGUCUAACCUAAUUGCGCCGCCUGCUGAAGGUACCGCUGUCACCGAGAGAAUGGUCUUCCGACUUGUCAAGGACCGAGUGUUCUAUCUCCCCGAGCGCAUUGCCAACUUCGCCACUUCGAUUCCCCGCGAUUCCCUCUUGACUGCCGGCACAAUGAUCGGAAAGUUCACAAAGACUGGAAAGUUCCGUUUGAACAUGAGCAGCUUGAGCAUCAUUGCGCCUCACGCUCGCGUAAAGUGCUGGGUUAAGUCUAACGGAGAAAUGCCUAUCCUUUACGGAUCUAAUGUGUUGAAAGCCCAUGUCGCCAGAUGGUCAGAGGAUGCCCCCGAGCACUCGGGAUGUGUUAUCUUCAACCAGAACGACACCCCUCUUGGCUUCGGUGUGACCGCGAGAUCGACUGCUGAGAUGCGCAAGCUGGAACCCACCGCUGUCGUCGUUUUCGCACAGGCCGACGUGGGAAUGUACUUGCGCGACGAAGAUACCAUGUUCACUACCUAA